AUGGACCUUCCUCCGCUCUCCCAGCAACAGCUCGCCGCCAUCGUGACCUCGGCCUCGACGCCCGCCGAGCUCUACCGCACCCUCUCCGACUACGAGGCCGAGGCCUGCCUGCUCUCCUCCCAAGAUAGCAACCAAGCAGAGCUGCUGAGCCUCUACUACUCGACCUUCUUUUUCUCCCAUCUCCUCACAGAUCAAAUUUACGAAGCCCGCAUAUCCACGAAGCGCAUGCCCCAAGGUCUGCUACAGCAUGAUCCGUCGUUACAAAACUGCUUGAACCUGCUACGCGCGGUGUGGCAGCGGAAGUACGAACAGGUCUAUCAGGUCCUAAGGGAACUGCCAUGGUCGGACCCACUCAAACCAAUCGUCCAGAGUUACGAAGCUUACUUCCAAGAAAAAACACUGAAGGAGAUCAGCAAGGCCUAUGAGGCGAUAAGACCGGCGGCGGCUGCCACCUACCUCGGCCUCGACCCAGUCACCGCAGCACAGGCUGAUUCGACCACCGUGCAGAAACUCACGGCCUACGGGUGGACCUGGGACCAGGAAACGGGGCUGUUACACCCCAAGCCCGUCGUUGAAGACCCGCAAAAAGAUGACCGGUUGUACAACGAGCUGAGUGAGGUCAUGGCUCUGAUCGGGAACCGUCGCAGUUAG